UUUCCACCCAGAGCUGACAGUGUUCGGGAGCCCCCAGUACACUUUUUCCUCAUCUUCUUUUUCUCCCACCCCUCGCUCUUUUCUUUUCCAUCUGUCUUUUUUCAUUUCAAUACAUUCAUUUGUGUUGUACGGUCCCAAUGCGUUCAGGCCAUUCACCGGGUCAACUUUUUCACUCCUGGACGCAUGUCCUGGACGGGUUUACUCGUGAGUCACCAGCAGGAAGUUAUGGCUAGAGCAUUGGACGUUUGACAGAUACGUUGGAUGCAGAGUGAAGUUACAGUUGUCGAGUGUCAGGACAGAGGUGAAGGAAUCAAUUGUCCAUGCAUUCUGAGGAACAAUUCUAUAACCUGGAGGAAGUUUCAAUCCAAGUGCCCGAUUAAGUUACAGUGGAGUGGAAGUAUUGCUGAGGUUGGAGACAACAGGUCGCAGUACCUUCAGAUGGUUAAUUCAUAACUUUCCAGGAAGGACAGGAGCAAUCACUCAAUUAAUGUCUCAAUGAAAUGAAGAAAUAAGGUCCGAUGUUCAUGUCUUCAUCCACUGCUGCCUAUGUCGUACAUAUGUGUUAAGUCAGUGGGAAUUUGGAGUGUGAAGUCAUCACAAAGAAGUCUUAAUUCAUUCUUCAAGGAUUUAUUCGUCAGUUGUCUCUCAAGUCUGGGAAAGUAUAUCAAGGUGAAGUAGUAGGUGCUGAUGUGAAGUUGAAGUUCAUGUGUGCAGUCUUUGAUUGAAACCAAACAACUUCUUAAACUGAUCUAGCUUUUGGAACUUCAUGGAAUUCUGGUGAGUGGAAGAAUACAGGCCGAUGAAGAAGUAACUGAAUAAAUCACUCUGUCAUCAUUGGUUAUGAUGCACAUUUAAUGGUGAAGUUGCAAAAGUUGUUGAAUCAGAGAUAGAACUUAAUCCCAUAAAUUCCCAACUCACUAGAGAAAACAGAGGGGGGGGGGAGAUACCCUCGUGCCUGGGGACUGAGAACUGUUUUACAUAUUCAACAAUAGAGUUAUCAGAUGUUAUCACUCGCUUACAGGAAUAAGUCUAUAAAUUUAUUCUGAAGUGAUGAUACAUUAAUUUGAUGGAAAAUGCAAUCACUAAUUACUGUUUGAAUUAAAUUAUGCUGAGAAUUGAGAGAAAGUUGGAAGCAUGGGGAUUCGCUGCAGACCCUUCACUUGAAGUUUUAUACUUCUAAUGUCAUGACAUCGAUACCGAAAAUUUUAUACAGCAGUGGAGCUUGAUGGUAUCAGUCUGCCAAACUCCAUUUUCAACCCAACGUGUGAUUAAAAAUCAAAAUUCUGUGAUAAUUCUUCCAAAGGAGUGGACUUCCCACGACAAAGUAGAGGAUCAUUACAACUGAAGUUCAAUUGACUUCAUAGUGAUAAUAGUGCAGUCUAAAUUGAGUUGAAUCUGGCGAAAUCGUCGCUUUAAGAGCGUCAUAAACCUUGACGAAAAUAGUCGUUGCAUCAUGAAAGUGAGAAGUUACCCUGGAAGGGCGGUUUUGGAGGAUUCUGAGCUAAUCCUGGACCCAGACGUCACCAGAGGACGGGCCAUGGAAUUGCUGUAUGAAGCCAGCUGGCGAGAGUGCGGCAUGAAUUGGACAUCAGAAUCGAGACAUAAGUUGAGCCGAUCCAAGGAUGACCCUGAUGAUGAUUAUCGGAGACCUUACGGCGACGUCAUCUCCCAGUUGGAAAAUGUUCUCGAUAGAUCGUCCAGUCCUCGUGAUAACAGGUCACAGAGGUCUAGUAGUGAAGCUACUACAGAUAGCGAUUGCUCGGAUUUGGGACAGAGUGAUUAUCACAAUGUGAAGCAUCAGAAUGGGGGAUUUGCCAUUCCUAGACCCAGACUGAUUGUUCCUGUGCAUACUUAUGCCAGGAGAAGACGCACCGGGGCGACGACAGUCAAGAGACGACAGAAUCGAGAAGAGGGAAAAGUUGAGGUCUCGAGAGAUGGAAAAUACUUGAGUACCCUGGCACCUGGUAAGGUCCUGGGUGAAUUGGCAAUACUUUAUAAUUGCAAGAGAACAGCGACAAUUACUGCUGCCACUGAUUGUCGAUUAUGGGGAAUCGACAGAUCGAGUUUCCAGACGAUUAUGAUGAGAACUGGACUGUCCAAACAGGCUGAAUACACCGAUUUCCUCAAAAGUGUCCCGAUAUUCAAAAAUCUGCCUGAAGAGACGUUGAUCAAGAUCUCCGACGUUCUAGAAGAGACAUUCUACAACAAUGGUGAUUAUAUAAUUCGUCAAGGAGCUAGAGGAGACACUUUCUUCAUAAUUAGCCGGGGUCGGGUGCGUGUUACCAUGAAACAGCCGGAUAAUACUGAGGAGAAGUACAUCAGGACAUUGAGCAAAGGUGACUUCUUCGGGGAAAAGGCACUCCAAGGGGACGACCUGAGGACCGCUAAUAUUGUGGCUGACGAUCCAGAGGGCGUCAAUUGUCUCGUAAUUGAUAGAGAGACAUUCAACCAACUAAUAUCCUCCCUUGAUGAAAUCAGAACGAGGUACAAGGACGAACUAGUCGAGCGCAGAAGACUCAACGAAGAAUUCCGAGAACUUCGACUGCAGGAUCUACGUCCCCUGGCAACCCUAGGGGUCGGUGGUUUCGGUCGUGUUGAACUCGUUCAGAUUGCCGGCGACAACAGUCGAUCAUUUGCCCUGAAGCAAAUGAAAAAGGCGCAAAUUGUUGAGACUCGUCAGCAGCAGCACAUAAUGUCAGAGAAGAGAAUAAUGGGUGAGGCUGACUGUGACUUCGUGGUGAAACUCUUCAAGACUUUCAAAGAUAGAAAGUACUUGUACAUGCUGAUGGAGGCAUGCCUGGGAGGUGAAUUAUGGACAGUGCUCAGGGACAAGGGUCACUUCGACGAUUCCACAACUAGAUUCUAUACGGCCUGUGUAGUUGAGGCAUUCGAUUAUCUGCAUUCGAGAAACAUCAUCUACAGGGAUCUCAAACCUGAGAAUUUAUUACUAGAUAGCCAAGGAUAUGUCAAAUUAGUGGACUUUGGUUUCGCCAAACGUCUGGAUAACGGUAGGAAGACGUGGACAUUCUGCGGAACCCCGGAAUACGUGGCUCCAGAGGUGAUAUUGAACAGAGGACACGAUAUAAGUGCGGAUUACUGGUCUCUUGGAGUUCUGAUGUUCGAGUUACUGACGGGAACGCCCCCCUUCACUGGUGCCGAUCCCAUGAAGACCUACAACAUCAUUUUGAAGGGUAUCGACGCUAUCGAGUUCCCCAGGACCAUCACCAGAAAUGCAAUGGCGUUAAUCAAGAAGCUUUGCAGGGACAAUCCCGCGGAGAGAUUGGGGUAUCAGAAGGGUGGGAUUAGCGAAAUUCAAAAGCACAAAUGGUUUGACGGAUUCAACUGGGAGGGUUUGAGGGCGAGGACUUUGGAGCCUCCAAUAAUGCCGAGAGUUCAAACUCCCACAGAUACUGGCAAUUUCGACGAAUAUCCACCCGAUACUGAACCCCCACCACCAGAUGAUAUUUCAGGCUGGGAUGCUGAUUUCUAAUGACUUAUCGCUAAUCGAAUGAAUUUUUCUAUCGGCUAUAUUCGCUUGUGGCCGAAAGAAAAACUCAAUCAACAGUCAACUCAUUUCAAUAAUUCUUCAACUGAACAAUUUUAAUUGCCAGUCGAUCAUUUUUUUGAGAUAGAAAAAUUAAACAAAUUAGAGACCUGAAAGGGUUUUUUAAAUUGAUCAAUGAAUGAGUGACGAGUCAAUUGUUGUUACCAAAUGAUGAAACUCAUUAAAACACGUGACGAAUUCUAUGUUCGGAGAAUGUGUUCAGUGGCGAAAGAACAUCUCUGAGGGGAUUUUUCAAUAAAUAUUUUAUGUAGAGAAUUUCAUGCUCUACACAAAAGGUUUUACGACAUUUUUUCGUGUGGCCACUAAUUAUCGAGAUAUUUUUACAGUAAGUAGGAGAUUUCUAAAUUGUUUUUUCAUCUGAAAAAUUUUUAUUGACGUUAUCGGGUAAUUAUCUCGGUAUUUAUCGAGGCCAUGAAAAAAUGCUUCAAAUACGUUUCAUAGAGAAUUUCACGCCCUGUAAAAAAGUCCUGAAGCGUUUUUUCCUAAUUUCAGAAGUUUCCAAAAUAUCUACAACAAUAUUAAAUCCAUUUUGGAAAUUUUUUCUUUCACCCAGCUAAUGAAUUUAACAGAAAUAGUUGUCUUCUCCGUUAGAACGGCUUGUGAUAGUGAUUGUUGGGCCAAUGGGGAUGAAUGCCUGAUCAUAAAUUACUGACAAAUUACUGAGAAAAUCGGAAUGAUAAAUCGAAAAUGACAAGAAUUGGGAAAAUUUGUGCUUCCUCCGAGGCUGCCAGUGCCACGUGCCAUGAAUGAUCCUUAGAUGAACCAAUUUUCAUAAAAGGUUUGAUCACAACGAAAUUGAAUUUUAACUGUUAGCUAAAGAAUUUUAACUGUUAGCUGAAGAAUUUGCCGGAAGAAAAAUCAAAUUGAGGGGGAAAAAUUAAUUGAGGCAAUAUUGCCAGAGGUAGGUGAUGAAUGAUCAGGAAAAUAUUUUUGAAGAGUUUUUAACCAAUCCUUGAAAGUGCUGAAUCAUGAUAAAUCAGUGAUUAUGAGUAAAUGUCCAUAAUUUGUUGUUUAUUCGUUUUUAAUAGAGUUUAUUACACGAUUUAUUAUAUCAAAUAUAUUUUUCAUGAUGUUCGAAGUAUAAUUUAGCGUAAGUUGUGUAAAUAAGUCGAUAGGUUAAAUAUGUAUUGAGUAAUGAUUGAUUCAUUGAUGAAUGAAUAAAGUUUUAUUGACGAGAAAAUUA